UAGUAGAAUUUUUGUUGCCCGUGUCAUACGUGGCAAAUCUUAUCUAGAAUUUUUAUUACUAGUUACGUCAAACGUCUUUAUGCUUCUGUGGUGUUGAAUAGUAUUGUGCAUUACAUCUUCUGUUGGUCUAGUCCGAAUAUUGUUUUUCAGUCAGCGCCUGAAAAAAAAGAAACCUGGAUUAAGUAAUGCAUGAGAAGAAGAAAAAACUUGAUACGAUGAGAGCUUUAAUUUUAGUCGGUGGCUAUGGGACAAGGUUGCGCCCAUUAACACUAAGUCGCCCCAAACCUCUUGUUGAAUUUGCAAAUAAGCCAAUGCUCCUACAUCAAAUAGAAGCUUUGGUAGAGGCUGGCGUGGCGGAAGUGGUUCUUGCCGUUUCAUACAGAGCCGAACAAAUGGAGAAAGAACUUGGAGAAGAGGCUAAAAAACUUGGAGUUAAUUUGAUAUUUUCACAUGAAUCUGAACCCCUAGGAACUGCUGGACCUCUCGCAUUAGCCAGAGAUAUUUUAAGCGCCAGUGAUGAUCCGUUCUUUGUUCUCAACUCAGACAUAAUCUGUGACUUUCCAUUUAAAGAAUUAGUUGAUUUUCACCGAAAUCACGGCAGAGAGGGAACUAUUAUUGUUACCAAAGUUGAAGAACCAUCAAAGUAUGGUGUUGUUGUUUAUGGGGAAGGUGGAAGAAUAGAUAACUUCAUAGAGAAACCACAGGAAUUUGUGUCUAACAAAAUCAAUGCUGGUAUGUACAUACUGAAUCCUUCAGUUUUGGAUCGGAUAGAACUACGACCAACGAGCAUAGAAAAAGAAGUGUUCCCUGGAAUGGCUCAAGAUGGAGAUUUGUAUGCAAUGGAACUCCAAGGUUUCUGGAUGGACGUCGGACAGCCUAAAGAUUUUCUUACUGGAAUGUGUAUGUACUUAGCAUCCCUGCGGCAAAAAUCACCAGAGAAAUUAUAUUCAGGUCCAGGAACGGUGGGCAAUGUGCUCGUUGAUCCAACAGCAAAAAUUGGAGAAGGCUGCAGGAUUGGUCCGAAUGUUACUGUAGGUCCUGGUGUAACACUGGAGGAUGGCUGUUGUGUAAAAAAAUGCACCUUGCUGAAAGGAGCAAUAGUAAAAGAGCACGCUUGGCUUGAAGGAUGCAUUGUGGGGUGGAGAAGUGUUGUUGGCCGAUGGGUCAGAAUGGAGGGUACAACAGUUUUGGGUGAAGAUGUAAUCGUUAAAGACGAGUUGUACAUCAAUGGCGGCCAGGUGUUGCCACACAAAAGUAUAGCAACAUCAGUUCCGGAACCUCAAAUCAUUAUGUGAUGUUCAUUGGACGAAAAAUUCAUUUUGUAAAUACCGAAUGACUUAUACCUCAUCAAAAUAUUGCAUUGACUUUUUUAAAAACAUUAUGGAAUAUUGCUAUUUGUAUAUCUAUGAUUCUUACUUUUUCUAAAAGUAAAAUAAAAACGAAUGAAACAUCGA